UGGAGAGCGGGUUGUGCGGGUUAUCCGUAUUUUACCCAUAUUUUCAAAAUUGUCUUGCCAGGACGUUUCGGGACGUGACUCACGACAUGGGUGUGCCUUUGUCCGCGUCAGCAAUUUUUAGUUUGAACGAGAGAUAGCUCUCCUUAUCGACCGUGUGGAACAUUGUACGACUGUGCUUGAUUCAUAAUCGUUGGAUGGUGACUGCUCCAAGAUGAAGAAGUUCUUGAACAUAGUCAACGAUCGCAAAAAAGGGAUUGAAGACUCAUACGAGAAUUUUAUUCAGGGGUGGACAGAAUCGAGGUCGAAGUUGAAGAAAAUGUCCGAGCUCAGUGAUGAAGACCCGCCAGCAUUGGUGUCGACAGACGAAGAGGAGGAUAUCCCGCUCAAGAAGAAACCAAUGAUCGGGCCAGAGAUCCCGGCUGCAUUGAAACGUGAUGCUGAGGUGGCAAAAGAUUUGAGUGACUACAUAAAAAGGAAGGAUUGUAUGAAACAAGUGACAGAUUCCUUACGAAUUUUAGUCGUGGAUCCAUUUUUAUUUGGCACGGAUAACACGACGAAGAAAUACAAUAAGGCUUGGAUUGCUGCAGCCUCUCAGAAAUUUGGUUUCCCUCAAUCUGGGGAGAAUAUAAUGCACGCAGUCCUCCGCUAUGAGAAUAGGUUGGCUGUGCAGUUGCUUGAAAAGGCCUGCGCAGAAGUAAAUGAUUAUUUGUCCGAGCGAAAACUUGACACGUUAAAAAUGUUCAAAAUCAGCGACCAGGUCCGAAAAGAUUAUAAAGAUGAUAAAUUGGUGCAUGUCGAUCGUUAUUCUAAUGAACGCGUGGUCGAGGAUAUUUGCUUACGGAUAGUAAAGGCUUUUCCAAAGGAAGACUCGCUUAAUUCGGCCGCUAAGUUUGCUGUUCUUUAUGUUCUAAACACAUGGACCUUUUUUGCCAACCAGAAAUUCCGUUUUGAUUUUGAUGUGACUGGUGAGGUAGACAAGGAUAACUUGUCUCAGACUGGCGAAGAAAGUCGCACGCUAGGGAAUGAGAAGUUUAAGGAGAGCAGAUUUGAGGAGGCCAUUGGCCACUAUAAGAGAGCUAUCGAAGAAAAUCCUCAUAGUCAUGUUUAUUAUGGUAACCGAGCUCAGGCUUAUUUGCGUCUGAAGAAGUUCACAGAAGCGGCAUCAGAUGGGAGGAGGGCCGUGUCGCUGAAACCUGAUUGGAUCAAGGGUUUGUAUAGAUAUGCAGAGGCACUUUUCGAGUUAAAAUUCUAUGACGAGGCCCACAAUAUCAACAAGCAAGCAGCUGAGGUUCUGAAGCAAAGUGGUGAAAAUGUCAAAGAUCGUGACAAGGUGGAAAAACAAAGGGAGAGAAUCAGGAAAAUGAUGACAGAGGACAAGGAAAAUAAAGUUGAGCCUAUCAGCAACAAAAUAUUGGAGAAAAUGAAGGAAGAGAAUGGCAAGACAAAAAAAACUGUUGAGAAUGUCAAGAACACUGCAGACAAGGUGCAGAAGAAAAAGAAGAUAGAAAUUGAGAGUGAUGAUGACAUUCCUGCACUGGCGUCUGCAGAAUCGUCGUCCGAGGAUGACGACGUCACGAUUCUCGACCGCGCUUCCGAGAUCAAGCUCAAUGAUGAGUUGAAGGGUAGCAAGCCCCGGGAUCAUGAUGAGUUUAGGAUGCAUCAGGAGCUCCAGAUGGAAAGACGGAGGAGAACUGAGAAAGUCAUCAUUGAAGACAAGAAGAAAAAGGAGGCAGAAAGGCGUGAGAAGAUCCCGGUGGGAAUGAUCAGGAAGGAGAAAGAGAAGGAGCGGGAACUGGCUGAGGCGAAUAAGAAAGUGGCACCGGAGAAAAAGAAGGGGCCUUUGAAAACUGGGACGUGUGCAAAUCCGGUGAAACUUCAGAAGAGUAGUCGCGUAAAUGGAACAGACGCACUCCAGAGUGUCAAGAAGAAAGACAUCGAGAAGUUGAAGAAUCUGAUGGGAAUGGGAAGCCAGGCGUUGCUCACCUUGCGGAGUCGGAAUGCCAUUGACCACUAUACAGAGGCACUGGACUUCAUCAUGAGCAAGAAUCUGACAUAUUUCAGUUUGGACAUCCUUGACAUGAUGAUACUGAAAUAUGCCCACGGGGUGGCACUCUUGGAAGCAGGCACGCUUCAGCGCAUCCUUGACGGUAUAGCCGCGUUUGAAGCUCUCCUCAAAGACUACCCGAAACGGUCAUUCCCAUUGGCUUAUCAUGGUAUUGGAAGAGGUUACAUUAAACAGAAUAGAUAUCACGAUGCAAUUGAGCACCUCGACCAUGGCUUGGCCAUCGUCAAGAAGAAUCUGAACCUUACCGUGCUGACAUGGCCAGGGAGCUGUGAGGUGAUGAAAGAGACGCCACCAGGCAUGAUGAAGGAAUCAUUCGAAGAUUUGCUCUACUUGUGCCGCUACCCGCCUCACCCGGAUGCCGUGUGCUUCUAUACGGACUGCCAUGGCUUCUACAAGAAAGAGAUCUACUUCACCGACCCAGACUUCCAGGGCUUUGUUCGUACCGUCUGCUAUGCCAAAUGUAUGAUAGACUUUCACAUCACCUGCUGGAAGAAGUUCCGUACGGCGGCCGAGGACCGGCAUUCGGAGAAAGAUUACCUUGAGAGGCCGUGUUUUACUCCCGACUGCUAUGCUUGUAUCGUCAAGGUCCUCAUAUAUGACAAGGAUGGCUUGGCAAAGAAAGAGAUUACGAGUGAAAUCGACCACCGUCAUAAAAAAGGCGGGAACAAGCCGAAAGUAAGACGGGAAUUAACAAACGAGAAGAAAAUAAAACGGAAAGAGGAGAAGAAAGCGCUCCGGAUACAACGGAAAAUGGAAGCCAAGGCAAGAGAAGAGGAGGAGCAUGAAGAAGACAUUCUCGAAGAGCUGGAGCGUCGGUUCGAUGAGAGGCAGACUGAGGAGUCUGCAUCAGGGACAACAGAGGAUGUCGAUAGUCGCAGUCAUACAACAGGUGGGGGUGUCGCUGAAGAGGAUCCUCUGCCCAAAGAGAAGGAUAUGAUGGUCCUCAAGAAAGAACUGAGUCCCGGAGAAAAAUACAAAGUCGUCACGGCAAAGAAGGUGAAGAGGAAGAAGAAGGACAAGACAAAAACAACGUUAUCCCUGGAUGAAUUUGUUAAUGUUGGGAGGGACAAUGCACAGGAAGAUGAUGAUGAGUAUGACCCUGACAAGCCAUUUUCUGUCCCAUCCCAACUACGGCCAGAGAUCGAAGCGUUUGAGAACUGCCACUUUGGCAAUGGGGCUGGUGACUGUUCUGUUGCCCUCACCCCAGCUGAGGAGGAGAUAGUAGCAAAUCUUUACUCGUUCUUUGAAGACCAUCUGAAGGCCACAGGACCAGUCUAUCUUCAUGACCAGACCCUGGCACUUGUAAUGGAGGAUUUUCCACCAGAGGCAAAGGACGUUAUACGCAAAUACGAUUCAUUGUCAAACUUUCUGCUUCAAAAUUUAAAAUUUGCAAUGAUGGACGAACACUUGUGUCUUCUGAAGGAUUCUGCCAAAGCGAAAAAAAUGGCAGUGGAAAAAAGACAGCAAGGGACUAUUAAGUAUCAGUCUUAUUCCCAAAGUGUUAGUGCAAAUAGUGAUGUGCCUGGUGGUCCAGUGAUUCAUAGCACAGGGACUUCAUUGAAUCCGACAGCCAUGGAGUUUAGUCCAUCAGGCACAGCUUUGAAUUCAGACAAUUCGGAAAGGACGCGUCAUGGUGAUUUGUGUGAUUUUGACUUGCCACUGGCGCCUCCUCUUGGAAAGACAAAACAGCGGAAAUAUUCAGAGGAUGAGUUUCCGACGUUAGGUGACGGUGGAAUGAUUCACUCAGUUAGAUCGGACAGUGCAUCGCGAGCCUCGUUGUCAGAUUCUCUGUCGUCGUCAUGUGACGAUAUGAAAGGGGAUGUGUUGGACUCCAAAAGUGGUAAUGGUGACUACCAGACUAGAGGUGGUGCUAUGGAAGUGCCCCCUUUCCUAUCUGGGCCGCCUGGGGCUGCAAAGAAAAAGCAGCCACAAACUCCGCGUAGUGGUUCAUUAGAUAAGGUCCCGCCGUUCUUGUCGGGACCUCCUCUGGCACGGAAUGCUGCUGGGUCACCCAGAAUGGGGUCACCGAAGCGGGUGUCGCCAAGACCUCCGGAGAAAAUGGAGCGUAAACGUAGUAUUGCCGACGACUUCAAGCGUCAAGUUCUAGAAAAACUGCAAAAAGAGAAAAUGGACUCGAGCAAUGCUUUUGGCAGAGAGGAUGACUUUGGUGUGGACGCUAGCAGUGAGAUUCCGCCUUCGGCUUUUGGCAACAGGGAGGAGGACUUGGCUGAAACGUAUCAGUCAGAUUCAGAGAAUAGUUUGGACGAUUUAGACGGUGUUGACGACGUCGUCGUCAGGGCAACUGAUACGCAGAAACUUGAUGGUGAGGACUAUGAUGCGAAUUUGGACGCGGAUUUGAAUAAGACGUUUGAGAAGGCGGUGGGGAAAGGCCGUAGUGCGUCGAAGACGAUCUUUGAUCAGGCACCAGGGGUCUCUCAUGAUCCGUCAAUGUACAGUUGGAAUGUCAAGGAGAUGAACAUUGUGACAAGUCGUGCUCCUGGAGGUAACCAGAACAAUAUCAGAAAGCCUGAAAAUGACUCUGAUAGCCUCUCUCAUAAAAUGCAGUUGGCAAGAAAGGCAUGGUCUACUGCUGAUCAACCUGGAGCCGGAGAGUACUGCAGCUUCCCCUCUGUUCAUGCUGGGCCUGGUUUCGGUGGCUCGCCUUUUGAAAUCCCGACAAGUGCGUCAUUCUCGAGAGAAACUGACACAAACACAGCGGACAAAUUUAACAGCAAUAUGGGAUUAGAUGACAUAGACGAUUCGAAUAUGCUUUAUGAAAUUUUGGAUUCAAAUGGGGAUGAUAAACAUUUGGAUAAUUCUUCAAGACACAGUGAUUCUUUUACAUCAGAUGUUAAUAUUUCCACGGAAAAAGAUAUUGACCAAAUGGAUGAGGAUUUUGUGCACGAAUUUUCAUCUUCUGUCAUGGACGGUUUGAAGCGUCAUUCUGCUUUUGCGGAUAAUGGCAAUCUCGCAGAUUUGGUGCGCUCGACGAUCGAGAAAGACUUACAGCGGUGCGCCGUAUCGAAAGCCCUGAACUCGGCAAUGGGGACUCAUUUUAGCGGGAGUAAUUCUGGGAGCACGGCCAUCAACAAAGACUUCUUGCGCAAACCAGCUAUCCUCUGUCGUAGCAUUGCUGUUCAGAGUGAACCAUUGACUCGAUGUCUCGAGCGUGAAGUUCAGACAGACCCGUAUGAGCCGUACAAGUUGGAACGUGACGCCCUCCAACAGCAAGUUGGUGAACUAGACCAGAUGUUGGCACAAAUGAAGAAUGUAUGCAACCAGCAGAGACUGAGAUAUGGGGAGCUCAAGGAUAGCUAUGAGGAUGCCAAGAAACACCUUGUUAACCUGAACAGUUUGAAUAGUGAAAAUGAACAUGAAAAACUACAGCUGAAGCAUGAGUGCCAUAAUGCCCAAGAGGAAAUCAGGAGAAUCAAAGAGCAGCUCCAUCAAUCACAAGCUCAGGAGCAGAGCAUUUUGAUGCGUAUGAACGAGCAGCAGCAGACGAUGAAUGAUAUAACACAACAGAAACAAGAAGAAGUUGAGAGAAUGACCGCUGAACGCAACCUCCACAUCAACAUCAUCAGACAGUUAGAGACAAACGUCCAGCAGACCGUAGCGACAGCAAGGGCUGCCGAGGUUGAACUUUUGGAAUUUAAACUUGACAUUGGGAUGCAGCUGAUGGACAAACACAUGAAGGACGCUGAUCAUUAUUUCACCAACUUGCAGGCCGUCGUGAAGAAGUUUGAGGAUGGAAACCAUCCAAUUCCCCAACAACUAUUGACGUCUGUCGAACAGUGGCAGAAAACGAAGGACUUGAUCCGUGAAACUGCGCAGAACUGCACGCAGUCUUUCCAGGAGCAAAUACAGAGCGUGAAGGAAGGCACGAUGCUUGCUUCACUACCAAAGUUGGAUCUUCCUCGAGCUCCACCACCACCAGACCAGUUACCUCUUCAUAUACUUCGUCCACCAAUGGGCAUCCAGUUCAAUCCCGGGCAAGCCCCAGGUCAACAGCAGAUGUCACCGACAGAACUUAGGAACAGCCCAUCACCAACCACACAGCUGCUAGGACCUGUUCCACAAUCUCUGCCAUCUUUUGCACAAAUGCCGAAACAGCCACCGGGAAUGCAGGCUGGAGGUCGUCCAGGUGCGCCACCUGGUGGAAGGCCGCCUAAUCAAGGACCUGUACCGUCUGGAAAUCUUCAACAAGCUCAAGCGCAGCAGGAACAGAGUCCAACGACGUUAUUCCCGCCACAGCUGAAGCCAACUGCGACUGUUAACCAAACAGGUGCGUAUUCCUCCGCAGCGAAAGUCUUGUACAGGGAUGCUGGUCUUAAGAGGCCACCAGGUUUCCAAGGUCCAUCUGCUGGUCCACCGGGUAUGGGUCUACCAAGUCAACCACCCCUUGGUGGUCCUGGAGCCGCUCAAGGACCCCCAUCGCUGGCCCCUCCAAAGAAAACAGCUGCUCCAAAGAACAGUUUUGAGAAGAUCAUGGUCAAUCUGGCUAAGAUGUUCCCGAAUUAUAAGAGACAACAAUUGAUGGGUUUUGUGCAGAAGUUACGGACAGUGCGAAGUGGUUCCCUGACUGGCAUGACCCUGGAUGACAUCAUCUUUGAGGUUGCCAAUAUGAUCCUCGAGAACAACCCUGGUGCCGUCUCUUCCGUCAAGGUGGGUCAGGGAGGUGCUUCAGGAUUGGCGACCUUCAACGAUAGUGGCUCAUCAUCUCCAAGCAGUGGCUUGAGUGGUAACCAAACGCCUAUCAGUAUCUUUGAAGACGAAGACCCUUGUGUCAUCUGUCAUGAAGAAAUGACACCUGGGACAUUCGUGUCGCUUGACUGCCAUCACGUCUUCCACGACGAGUGCAUCCGGAAGUGGCUCCAGGAGCAGCGGACCUGCCCCACUUGUCGUAAAUACGCUCUCCUGUCUGAUGAGUUUCCAUCACUAGGAUAGGGGGUUCAGGAAACAUGCCCAAAUGAGUCACAACCAAGAAUUCUUAGGCCAGACAGAUGAAAGAUGUAACUUGUCUCUGAAAUGACUUAAGGGAUUAUCAGAAGCCAAGGCUACGUGAAUUUGAUACAAAAUUGAAGGGAUAUUCAUAGACAGUUAGUGGAUUCAAAGACACUUAUGUCUCUUCCUAUUAGAGAACUGCCUUGAUAGGUUAUGACUACAAGUGUUUGAAGUUAAGAGCUGUCACAAGUUGUUCCUGAGCAAACUUUUUAUUUUCUUUGCAAUUUUCAGUUGAAUUUAGGCCGUUAAAUAUGAUGCAUGUCCCUGUUCAUUCAAUGGAGUUACAUGUAGUGUCAUGUGCAAAGCAUACACAACGCCAGUCAUUCUGAAUGUUGGUGUCAAGUGUACAUUGUGUGUUUUAAAUUUGAAUAAAAUGUCAGUCUUGAUUUAAAAAGAUGAAAUAGAGUACAUUUUAGUGUCAAUGUUGUUGUAUUUUGUUGGUGUCUUGUUCAUUAUGGUGCUUUUUGAUACGAAAUAAGUGCCUAUUGCUUGCAGGUAAAGUGACAUAAGUUCUUUUAUGUGCUACACAGGGUGUCUCUAAACUGUGGUCUCGAAGAGUUUCCAGCUGGCCUCCUCCUAUUCCCUGUACAAGUCAUCAAAGUUUUGUCGGAGGACAAAUUUGAGUUGUUUUUCAUUACAUGCAGAUCAGAGAAGGAAUUCUAAAACACUGAGUGCAGUGUAGCAACGCACUGUGUCUCAUUUUGGUGGCAGUAGUUGGUAAGACAUCAUUAUGGCUAAGAGGCAGUCUUGUAAAUUUACAAUAUUAUUUUAAUUUGACUGGUAGGGGCUUUCAAAUUUAUUUUAUUGCAUGGAGUAUGUAUUUGUGCUAAUUAGAAAUCGAGUGGUAGAAGAGAUACAUGUAUUUUAAACGAAGAAACGUUUUAUGAGCAUUUUGUUAACCUGCCAUUUGGCUUUGUUUUUGUAUCAAGUCCAAUAAUAAAGUCUUCCCAUCA